GCAUCAGAUGAAUUAAGUAUCACCUUUGUUGAGUCAGUGUGUGUGCGCCUUAAUUUUGGUGAAGUUAUGUGUAACAUGUACAAUUAGGAAAACAUCGAAUGGGGGAUAGUAAAUGCUGUUGCUGUUGCAAAAAGAGAAGAUAUUCGCAGGAUUCUUCAUCGCCAGAAAGCGAUGACAAUGAGACUGCAAAAGAGCGCCCAGUUUGGCAGAAAAUUCUGAUCUGGAGCUUAGCAGUAUUGUUUAUCAUACUGUUCCUAGUUUUCCUCUUGAUAUGGGUAGUUGUUCCAAUAAUCUUUUGGACAUCCAUAUCAUUCCAAAGAUUCAUGAUUUUCUACCCAAUCGAUUCUCCAAAGGAUCCACAGUUUGAUGAUCCCGAAAAAUAUGGUAUAGAUAAUGUGUACAACACAUACAUAACAGUCAGAGACUAUUACGACAAUAAUACACUCACCCAAAUAGGAGCAUGGCUUAUUUUACCUGAAAACCUGCAAAAUUCCCCCUCAAACGACGUUUCGCAAAUUAUCCGAGAAUCCCAGUACGAUCUUCUAGUGUUUCUUCAUGGGGUUUACGCGAAUCGCGCCAAGCCAAUUGCUCAGUACAAAGUGUUCAGGAAGAAAUUUUUGGUUCUGGCUAUUGACCAUCGAGGCUAUGGAGAUUCAGGUUCCAACGUGCAAAUGCUGGAGCAUGGAAUGAUAAAUGACCAUCUGCAGAUCUACGACUGGAUCCUGGCCAAGAACUUCACGAAAAACAUUUAUUAUUGGGGCCAUUCACUGGGUGGGGCUUUGAGCUGCCAUAUAGUGCGGGCUCUAAAGGAGCGCAAUAAUGCUGUUCCCACAGGACUGAUUUUAGAGUCCACGUUUACUACUCUAGUUGAAGCCAUUGAGAAUAAUGCAGUUGGCAAGAUAUACAGUUGGCUGGCGUAUUUUAAUGCAACUAUUUUAAAUCCUUUGGAUGAAAAUGGGUUUCACUUCUACUCAACCACUCAUAUUCUUCACGUUGAUUGUCCCAUCAUGAUUUUGCAUGCGGAGGAUGAUGGCAUGAUUCCCUCAGCUCUGGGAGAAAAGCUUGCAAAUAUCUCAAGCGUUGAAAGGGAUUCUGCCACCCAAGGCAGCGUGACGACGCACAUUUUUUCUUCGGAUUAUGGUUACGGACACAAUUAUAUAACGUCUGAUACGAAUAUUCCCCAGUAUAUUGAAGACUUCAAGGAAGUAUGUGAAUCCUUCACCCAGCAAGGUCCACGAUCCAGGGAUUAAGCAACUAAUACAUUUUGUAAAUUUUGUAUUUAAUAUCAGUAUAAAAUUAUAUUUAGAAAAGCA